AUGUCUCUGGAGAAAAUGCCCCGGGUCUUGGCAGCCUCCGAGGUUGAAGCUGAAAUGGCAGCCGUCAUUGUCAGGAUUCACAGCCUGCAUGACGGCUUGGUCGCGACCGUGACGCCGUCCACAGCCUGCUUUGCAAACGUUUGUGCGCCGUGGAUCGCCGUGUCGAAUGAGGCCGACGCCAAGCUUGGCAUGAUACGGCUGCUGAGCCAUGCCGCGCAGGAUCAAGAAACCAGACACGCGGCGUCAAAGGCGAACCAGGCGUUUAGCUCUGCUGCAGCAGCCUGGAUGGCCAGGACUGAUCUUUUCGACUUCAUCAAGGCCGCAGCGGCGAGGAACGAGGACCUGGACCCGGAAUCAAAGCUCUGGGUGGAGGAGAAGCUGAGAGACUUUGUUUCGUUGGGACAUGGGUCGCUCCAAGGCCCUAGCCUUGACAUGUUUAUAAGCCAAAGAUGCAAGCUUGAAGAACUCAAGACAGCCUACGAACGGAAUCUGAGAGAAGAGGGUGGCGGAGUUGCGAUGACGCGAGAGGAGCUGUCCGGUGUCUCUGAAGAGCUUCUUCGGAAGUGGAAGCAAGACGGCCAUGACAGGGCAGAGUCCUUUUUCGUGCCGUUUGGAAAUGGCGGAUGGUCCGCCGUAAUGAGGUACGCACACCUAGAGAGCUCGAGAAGACGAAUGUUCCUCGCCGAAGAACUGAGAAUGCACGCCAACGUCCCUCUGUUUCGGGACAUUGUACUUCUACGCGACUCGCAGGCAAGGAUUCUGGGCUACAGUAGCCACGGAGACUUUCGGCUCCAGGGUCGGGCCAUCAAGUCGGCCGCGUACAUCGAGUCUCUCCUGAGAAAGCUGAGAGAGACACUCAUCCCCAAGGGGAGGCAAGAAUUACAGCAUCUCGAGAAAGUCAAGGCACAGAUGAUUCAGGAGGCUGGCGCCCCUGAAACGCAAGACAACGGCAAGCUGGCGCCGUGGGACCUACGGUACUACAGUCGGCUUGCCAAUAUGAGGGUAAACGUCAACGACGAGGCGAUAUCCGAAUUCUUCCCGCUGGAGACUACCGUACAAUCUAUGCUGAAAAUAUUUGAAAGAGUGCUGCAGCUUGUAUUCAAGCAAGUCCCUCCCGAGAAGCUCGACGAGACGACACGAUGGCAUGAGGACGUCCAGGUCUGGGAGGUAUGGGACGCCGGAAGCAACCAGGAUUUCAUGGGCUUCCUCUACCUGGACCUCUUUUGGAGGAAGAACAAGAAGAAAGGCGCAGAGAACAUAUCUAUUGGACAAGGCUUUCUCCGGCCAGACGGGUCGCGACAAGUCCCGUCCACAGUUUUGAUGUGCUGCAUCCCUCAGCCGGCCAAGUCGUGUGCGCUGCUGCGGCACAGCGAACUUGUCAGCAUCUUCCACGAACUCGGCCAUGGAGUCCACAACCUCGUCUCCAAGACAAAGUACGCCCGCUUUCACGGCACUAGCCUCCCGUUCGACUUCAUCGAAGUUCCCAGUAUGCUGCUGGAGAACUGGUGCUGGAUCCCAGAGACGCUUCAGCAGAUGAGCUGCCAUUACACGAGCCUUGAUCCGGGCUACCUGGCCGAGUGGCGCACGACGCAUCCGGGGGAGCCCGAUCCGCCGACCAAACUGCCAGCCGAGCUUCAAAGACAGCUCCUGGAGAACAGAGACGUCCAUCGCGGCUUGCAGCUGCUCUACCAUCUGGUGAUUGCCAUGUUCGACGUCACCAUCCACAACCCAAGCAGCCGCGAAGAAGCGGAGGCGCUGAACAUGCAAAAGCUCUGGUACGACUUGAGAGAGGAGCUCGAAGGAAUUGAAUUCUCGUCUUCUCGCACCCAGGGCCACGGCUAUACCUCGUUUGACCAUCUCGUCAGCGGUUACGACAUGGGCUUCUACAGCUACCUGAGCUGCUCUGCCAUCGCUCAAGAUAUUUUCCAAACUGUGUUCGAGCAGGAUCCGUGGGACCUCGACGCCUGGGCAAGAUACCGGGAAGGAGUUCUGCAGCCCGGUGGAAGCCAGCGGGACCCCAUCUCACUCGUUACUAAACUUCUCGGCCGUGAGCCAGACUUUCAGGCUCUUGCAAAAAGUCUUGCCAUCUAG